UCCUGCCUUCCAGCCUCUCAUUGGCCUGUAUUAGGCAGGCUCCCCCAAUGAUUAGUCAACGGAACGCGUCAUGCCCACUAUCCUGGAGCCGAUUGGUUGGUACCAUUGUCAAUCACGAGAGGCCUCCCUCGGGUUUGACAACCGUUUCCGCCGGGAACCAUCAAUACUGACAAGAGGCCGAAUCUCGGCUCUCGAGCACGUUUCGACAGGCUGCCUGCUGCAGGCCUCGAGCGCUCCCAGCUCAAGUGUCCGCUCAGCUGACUUUCUGAACGCCAGAGGUGAAUGCGAGUGGCCAGCGACCUGGAGGACCGGGCCUAUCCUCCGAGAGCCGGGGAGUGGAGCCUCUUGUCCCCCGAGAGCGCUCUUUGUGGCCUCCCGUGAUUCCGGAAGUGAGGUCAUGGUGAGGGCCCAUCUUUGCUGGUUUAAUGACAAUGGAACCAGAAGCAGAAUUACCAGAGAUCCCACUUGCUUCCAACGUAAAGCAAGAGCCCAUAGGAAAAGCACCAGCGGCCAGCUUAGAUCAUUCAUGUCCCUCAGCAUUCAGUGGCAUGAUCCAGGAAAAUGGCAGGGUGCCUUCGACUCCAGAGGUGAAAGGGCCUGAGACUGCCCAGUGGACAGAGUGUCUGAACACUGAACAUUCCUGCUUUUCAGAGGAGCUCAAGCUCGCUUUGCAAAGUGACCGGAACCUCGUACGGAGCUACACUUACACGAGUGAUGACUCUUCUAGCGCUGGAGAUUCCUCUCCAUCUUCCGGCACUAAUCUCGCUGAAUCUGAGGAACUAUCAUCAGAGGAGAAUGAAGGGAGGAUGACACUGUGGACGGGAACCUACAGGCCCCCAAAUGUCAACCCCUCGGCAACUGGUGGAGAGGAACAGCAGCAAUACACUAGGGCUGGACUUGCCUCGUCCUCCAGGGCCCGGGUGGCAAAGACCAUCCAGUCCAGCUCCAACAUGAAGUGGGUGAACUCAUCGUCUCGAAAGCUGCCCCGGAUGAAGAAAUGUCAGCGGACCCAGAAACAGAAGGAGCAGAUGCAGCGGGUGCGCAGAGCGAGAGAGGCUGUGAUUCGCAGGAAGUGUGCUCCACAGUGGAUUGGCAGCUCCAGCGAUAGCGGGUCCAGCAGUAACUCUGAGCUCGAUGAGGUCAUCACCUGUGAUAAUGGCCAGGCCAACCAUCAGGAUCAUCUGGACCCAAUGGAUGAAGAUGAUGUUUUGGUCGUUGAGCCACUGACCAGCUCCACCUUGCCAGUUAGUGAGGAAGUGAACAUCACAUCUAGUGACAGCGAGGUGGAGAUCAUCAAUGUUGUAGAUGAUGAAAGGCCCUCGGUGUCUGGAACGUGGAUUGGCCAUACUGUGAAGAAACCAGCCAGCUCCAGGCUGCAGGCUCCACCUGGACACCAAACCACUUCUGCAGAGGUCGUAGACCUGACACUCGAUGAUAAUGAUCCACUAACUAUGUUGGGUGAUCUCCCUCCUGAUGACUCCCUUAGUAGUCCUGAAAUCGUGCAGCCAGAUUUGGUGAAAGUUCCACCAUCAGGAGUCUCGUUGUCUGUUAGCAUUGCCGCAACAAACUUACCAUGUGCAUCCUUCAGUGCUACUGCUGCUUGUACAUCUACAGUCACCUUAGCAGCUUCCCACAUGGUGUCAGGGGAGAUGGCAAUGACCUCAGGCAGUUCAGUGUCACCAUCCUGCCAACAUCAGAGAGCAUCGAAAUAUGCUGCCUGCUGCUCCCAGCGCUGCCGGUGCAGUUCCACCAGAUUGGGGUCUCAGCGACCUUGCCCUGCCCACUCAUACUUCCAGCAGUGUCACAUGGAGCAAGUCCAGGGCCAAACAUACCAAGCUGAGUAUUCACAGCCUCAUCACCUCCAUUCCCACACACAAUUCCUCAAUCAGAGCCAUCUGGCCUGGACCCACCAAUCUCACCCGCACUUCCCUCCAUCAGAGUUCCAGCAUAUUCAACAAGGAAGGCCACAGUCUGUGCUCAGCUUGCGAGUAGGGGAGACCUCAGCCAGCCAGGAGAAUCAGGCCUCUUCAUGUGACCUCACUAACCUUGUCGAGGAUGUUGAUGGGGUUGAAGCUGCCCAGAAGAGCCGUGCCCUGACACCAUCUUGGCAUGCCCACAACUCUGAGGAAAUGGAAGUGAAUGCAAGCCGGUCUGCUAUAGCCCAACCCAGGGCCACACAGACGCCGACCGUUUUGUCACCACCCCUUUGGCACUCUUCCCCAAAUGAUGACUCCGCAUUCUCAAGGGCUUUAGCUCGUCCCACACCCACUACUCAGGCAGCAAGCCUAUCCUGUCAACCUCCCACAUCAACUAGUUAUCCCAUUGCCCGGCCAGUGCCAUCUUACCAUGCUCGCAUCCAACCAGGGCUGUCAACAACAUACAGGCCUACCACUUCCCAACAGCUUCCAACUGUGCCAACCUCUCAGCAGGCAGUGCCGCCACUACACAUGGUACCAUUUCAGCAGCCGCCUCUAGCAGCCCCCUCUCUGCUAAUGAACACUCCAUUAGUGUCAGCCAAUACUCCACAGCAACAACAGCAGCAACAAUGCUCUGUGUAUCAACAACAACAACAAUGUUCAGUUUAUCAGCAACAACAGCAGCAGUGCUCUGUGUACCAGCAACAGCAGCAGUGCUCUGUGUACCAGCAACAGCAGCAGUGCUCUGUGUACCAGUACCAGCAGCAGCAGCAGUGCUCCGUGUACCAGCAGCAACAACAGUGCUCCGUGUAUCAGCAGCAACAACAGUGUUCGGUCUACCAGCAGAGAGGCCCUGAGAUCCAAAGAAACCAUUGGAUGGAGACAGUCAGGGAAGAAAGGGUGACGUCAAAUUUCCCACAAUACCAUUCCGGACAUGUCCACCUGCACCGAUACCAGUUGGUGCCACCCAGGCUACACCUGGUUUCCAUGGCAACACCCUCCAUUCCUGUGGUGAUGCCUGAUAUCUUCAUGCACCCACACUUACAAGUCUUUCCCCAUCAUGGACUGCGAGGCAUGCAAAGCCAUGUCACAAUGCACAGGGGUUACCAGGACCUGCUACACUUGGAGGAUCAGUUUAGUGAUUUAAACCAUGGAGCAUCGCAAAGCACCAUUGAAAGAUACACGUUCCUGCAUAAGUAUGAAAAGAGGACACUGGAGACCUGUGCAGAGGGGAAGGAGGCAUCUGAGGUGGAAGAGAAAUGCACAAUCUGUCUAUCGCCGUUGGAGGAAGGAGAAGAUGUUCGGCGUCUGCCAUGCAUGCACCUCUUUCACCAGAUUUGUGUGGACCAGUGGUUGGCCACCAGUAAGAAGUGUCCAAUUUGCCGCGUGGACAUAGAAGCCCAGCUUCCUGUUGACACCUAACUGCCCAGAGAGGACAGAAGAGAUCCUGAAGCUGGUUCAGCCAAGUGUGUACGUUUGUGUUCUAGGAUUUGGUAUCGAGUUCCCUGAUUAUCCUGGACUUCGUGAGAUUGAAUCUGGAAUCUGUAUGGAGUCCUCAGCUUACACUGACUGGAUUGGAAGAGAUUGAACAAUGUUUGGACCCAGGUCUUCUCUGCCAAUGUUAACCCUGACAUACAGUGUGCUACUGAAAUACCAGCGUCUCAUCCACAAUAGAAAGGGCCAUUGCCUUAAAAUGAAUCUAAACUUACUGCUUCGACCAGACAUGCCUCCAGGUUAGCCUCACAUGGGAAUGGAAGAAAUUCCAAACCAAGAUCAGACCAAAGGCUUCCGAGAUACUUCCUAUUCCCGUCAUUAAUUCAUUUUUCUUUUUCUGUUCAGCAGUGGUUACUCUGCACUAACUGGAGUUUAAAUGUGCCCCUGGAAAUAAACAUCUGGCUGUAACAUAAGAGUUAAAUGAACUCAGCCUUUCACUGUGAAGAAGUUUAAUUUUGUGUGAUUGAGAGGCUGGAUGUUAGAUUGAGCGCAUGUCAGCUUUCAGGAGUAUUCUAAAGACAAAGACUGCCCCUCCUUCUGACCGGGACGGGGGGAGAGAAUUCAUCAUGAAUUUACAGAAUGAGAGGGAAAGCCUGGGCAAUACACAGUCAAACUUGGACUGGUAUAACACGUGCCUGUUUGAGGUGGCUGCUACACCCGAUUGGAUUCUGCUCUCCAAUUCCUGCAGGAAUAUCAGAGGAUCAAGGAAAGAAUAUUGCAGGCGUGAACUACACCCCUCCCCUGCCCUACCCCACAGCCAGAGCAGACCACUGACUGACAACUCUGGAGAUUCCUCUGCAUGCAAGGAUUUUGUCAGAUUAAUAUUUUGUUUUCCACAGAUCUCUUCAUAUACUUGUUUCCUCUCUCAACAUCAGCAGAGUUUGUGAUUAGGCAAGUUGCACUGUUCUCAUGGAGAUGGACAGAAACGAUGUUCAUCGUUCCAAAGUCCAAUUUAUAGCCUUAGUCAGCUAACUACAGCGAACAAAAGGGUAGAACCAGGGGUCCCUGAUGGUCCUCCCCCCCAACCCCGGACACUGAUCCCCAGGGUCACUGAUAGUGUCCUCCACACCACACCUCUCCCACCACACCCCUCCCACCCCCGCAACUCCUCGACACUGACCCCAGGGUCCCUGAUUCCUGCAUGCCCUUCACACUGACCCCAGGGUCACUGGUUCUCCCAUGUGGACCCCAGGGUUUGAAUGAAUGUAUAAAAUCUCUACUGAUUCUCCAGGAAAUGGGAGCUUCUGCCAGAUCUUCAACUGCUCUGAACUGUGACUUCUGUGCCUGGUCUCCCACAUUGCUUCUGAAAUAGACAACUAACCAUGACCGAUUUCUAGAUGUCCCACAUCACCCUGGAUCCAAGUACUAAAACAAUCUGAAUGGACCAGUGACUAUUCUGAGAAGAACCAGGCAACUAGAAGUGACAGCAGGUUCAUGGUCUCGGUAUUGGCCCCAGGACAAAGGUAAACACCUGAAUUGACAGUCACUCUAAUCACAGAAUUGUCAAUCACUUGUAGAUCCAGAAACGUGCAGCACCUGAAGUCUUCCAGAGCAUAUGUUCAAUUUUCUAAGACACGAAUGAGCAAUCUUGUUCCAUGUACUGUGUAGUCCCCAUACGUAGUGUAAAUUGUAAUCAGCAUUAUGUUUUGCCUAAUAUUUUAGAAAAUGAA